AUGGCGGAAUGUUUGGUGCCAGAUGUCCCUGCUGUAAUAAUCGCCUUGAAGAAUUUAAGCGAAUUAGAUAAACGACUGAGAGAAGAAGGUGUUUCAUUUAGUCAAGAAGCAAGUCACCACCUGAGAGAAAUAGCUGAAGCCAUUAAAGAGCUGGAAUCAUCCAGAAAAACUGCACGUGAGAAACUUGAGGUGGAAACCAUUGAGACAAGCAAGCUUCGACAACGAAUAAUGAACCUAGAGGAUGAUAUCAGGACUGAAAUAUCAGCUUCUGUUUCUGCUGCGAGAAUAUGCAAUGCUGCAGAGAUGAAUCGACUUAAUUCUGAGCUGAAAAAUAUAGUUCAUGAUAUAGAGUCUGUGGAGCAGAGGCAGCAACUCCUUGAACAAGAAAAUACUGUUUUUUUUCAAGAUAAAGACAAUGUCAAAGGAAACUAUAAAGAUGCCAUUGAUAAGCUGAACCAGCUGCUGUCAGAUAAAGCCAGUAAGCAGAUUCUGCUAUCAGAAAAAAAGAAGGAGAUCAAGUCAUUAAAGGACCAAAUUCUCCAGGUGCAAACAGCAUGGAAUGACCUUAAAGAAGACAUGAUACAGAAGAGUAAAACAUUUCCUGAAAGAAAACACUCUUUGGAAAUGGAGAUAGAGAAAAUUGUUCUUGAGAUUAAAGAACAAAGAAAAAUCAAUGCAUUAAAGCACACCGAGAUUAAACUCAUUACAUCAGAACUCCAAGACAAGGAGGAGACAAUCACACAGUGUAAUAUUCAUAUCUCACAACUGGAGAAAAAUAUUGCUAGACUGACUGCAUCAAAAAUUAAGUGUAAAGAAUGUCUCCAUGAGAAGAUCAGUAAGACAGAGGAACUUGAUCAGCAAAAGGUGUUUCAUGAAAAAGGACUGCUCGAAUUGGCAGAAGCAUUUGAACAGAAAGUCCAGGCCCUUCAAGAGCAAAUCACAGAGAUUGAAAACAAGAUGGAGGAGGAACAAAAAAUUAAACGUGCUCUGUCAGAGGCCAUAGCUAAUCUGUCAGACAUAUUCAGCACUCAGAGGAAAGAGGAAGAUGAUGCGAUUGCCAAACAACGUAGUCUGACCAAACGGUUAGAGGAAUCUAAACAGAGACAUGAGGAACACAUUAUGUCCACUGCCAAAUGUAAAAUUGAAAUAAAAAAUAUGAAAGAAGAGAUGAGACAGCUUCAUGAAUCUAACAUAAUCGGUGUAGAUUUGUUUAAAAAAAGCCUGGAAGAAUUGGAAAGUCAGUUAGCCAAAGAGCACAUAAGCAGGGUAGCAUCUGAGGCUGAGAAAGAGAAAAUUUCUCAGUCUCUCAAGACUCUUAAAGAGAAACAUGAAGAGCAUUUAAGCGAGGCCAACGCAGCCAUCAAACUAACAAAGAAGAGAUAUAAAGAACUGCUUGAGGAGGAGAAGAAACUUCAAGAUCAUGUGUUAUUGAGUUCAGUGAUCGAGGGCCUUACAGAGAAGCUGGCAAAUGCUGACAAAGAAAGAAUACAAAUGGAAAUGGACUACCAGGCAGAAAUUCAACAGUUUACAAGGGACGCAGAAUCAAUCACACAAGCUCGCCAAGAGAAAGAGCAGGAGCUCAAGGUCCAGGAGUCAAUUUUAGAGAAGGUUGAGUCUCAGUUUGAUAUUGAUCAUCUCAGACAUCAGAUUUUACAGAAACAAACAGCAGAGUUGAAAAGCCAAACAAAAUAUUUUAAGCUCUCGAUUCAGGAAGUCACAAUGCAGACUGCAGCUCUGCUAGAACCAAAGGAAGACUUAAAGAGAGAGUUGGAGACCAUGAGGGCAAAGCAUAUUGAGAUGUUAUCUUUUCACACUGCAGAGAUAUGUGCCAUUGAAAAAAACAUAUAUGAGAACGGGGUUAUGCUGGAACAAGUUAAUAUGGAAAACAGUCGUCUGCAUCUGUGUAUUGAGCAAAUGAAGGAAGACAUAUCUAAUGCAAAAAAAGAAAAGGAGAAGUAUACUCAAGAGGCCGAGUGGAUGAAAGACGCAGUGCAGUCCCUUUUUAAGAGUCUGAUGGAUGUCUUUGCUACAGAAAUCGUGCUUACUGAGGAAUCUGCAGAGAGAGACCAAAAGGUCAUGGAGACCAUAGGCAAACUCGUGGUCAAGAUUCAGAAAAGGAAACAUCACAUCAGUGACAUCAAUAACAGGCAGGAGAAUGAGUUAAUGGGCAUACGGUCUAUGUUAGAGAAUCCAAACUACAAAAGACUGGAAAUUAACAGUCCCAUAAUAAAUUAGUUUGG